CCGUCGUCUACGUGGCCCGCCGCCGCCGCUGUGCUCGUCCCCGGCCGCGCUGCGCCGCAGCCCGCAAUAAUAUUAUCCGUGAAACUCUUGUAACCGCCGCCGCAGCACACGGUCGUCUGUUUUUCGCGUACGCCGCCGACGUCCGCGGUUCAGUGGUUGGCGCAGCACAAAAUUUUGCGACGGCAUUCGCGCGGGGCUUCGAUUUUCGUCGUCGUCGUCGCGUCGACGACCGUAUUGUUCGUUGUGUUAGUCAUUAAUUCCGUUUGACGUACAGUGUGCGUGCGUUGACGAACAGCGACCGUUAGCCGUCGUCGAGUGUGCGCGACGACCAUAAGUCACGACCACGACGACGUUUCACUCGGACCACAGCAGCCGCACACCGAUGGCGCACGACGAAGAGGACGAUCCGUCUGUUGCCGCUGCGGCUUCGGAUUUUUCGACCAGAUGCAGAUUAUGCUCCAUGCCUUCGUUGCCCGAAAAUCAACGGCAUCCAAUCAUCACGGUCGCAGACGGCUGUGGCGGGACACGCCCCGGCGACAACGACUUGCGCGACACCAUUGUCAAGCACCUGCGAAUACAGGUUUCAGAAGAUGACGGUUUAUCCAAAUUUGUAUGCACUGGAUGCUCAAAGUUGUUAAAUGAGUGGGUUCAAUUUUUUGAGAUGUGCUCAGUAAAUAACAACAUACCCUUGAAACGACUGUCAGAUGGAGCUGAUAAAAAUGAUGAUGGUGAUGAAUUAGCGAACAAUUUAGUAAUAGACAUAACUGAUGAAGAUGAUGAACAAAAUUAUACAAGUAAAGACAAAAGUAAAUCAGAAGCACCUAAAAAAUCAUUCCUUGGUGAACCAUCACCUGAAGAUUAUGUAUUGAUGAAAGAAGAAACUUUCAAUUUAGAACCAGUAAAGAAUGGACCAACAGGUGUUUUGGGUGACUAUUUAAUAGAAUAUAAUAAUUCCAAAAAGUUACCAACAGAAUUGAGUAAUGCUGAUAAAGACAUUGUUGAUAAUUUACGCAUCCGAAGAGAAGUAUUACCAUCCAUGUGGGAUGUAUUUGAAAAAACAAUUGAGAAGUUAAAAUCAGGAGAGUCAUAUUCAACAGUAGUAACACAUAGGCGUUAUAUUAUCAACAAAGGUGCAUUUCCAUGCUCGUUGUGUGGUGAAUGUUAUGAGUUCGAUCAGGGUGUUUGUCGUGACGAAGAAGAACCCCAGCCACCAGUUGAAGUUGAUAUUCAACAACGUUUAUUCAUUUGUCCUACCUGUGGUAAAUCUUUCCCUCGCCGUAGUUCAUGGAAACGUCAUCAAAUGACUCACGAAGACGUAAAACCAUAUGUAUGCCGUAUUUGCACUAGUGGUUUCAAUCGCAAAGAACAUUUGAUGCGUCACAUGUUAUCGCAUAGCACUGUUAGACCAUUUCCAUGUGAACGAUGUGGCAAACGUUUUAUACGUAAAGAGCAUUUAGCCAGACAUCUUUUAUGCAUACCAAGUUGUUCUAAUUCAUCCGACAUGCCGAGACCUUUCUGUUGUGAUAUUUGCAAACAGAGAUUUGUGCGUAAAGAACAUUUGUUCAGACAUAGGAAAAGAGCUCAUGAACAUGCAUUAAUAUUGGAUAAUCAAUUAGAAGAGAAACCAUUUGUGUGUUGGCAGUGUGGAAAAUGUUUUACCCGCUAUGAACAUCUGCGCAAACAUUUGGAUAUUCAUAAUGGUAUUAUUCCUUCAUCUUCAUCAGAAAUACUUCCUGAAGUAACUCUCUCUGAAAUAAGACCUGAAAAAACUUCAGCAGAUAUUAAAACAGAACAUUUAUCAGAUUCUGAAGGUGAACCUGAAGUUCUCCCUCCAGUGAGUGUGCUUGAACUUAAUGAACAACAACCAGAACAAGCAAGGCCAAAACCAAGUACACUUUGUACUAUUUGCAAAAAGACCUUCUCUCGCCGUAGUCAUUUGUUGCGUCAUCUAAAGCGCAUACAUAAAGUAGAGCCAGUGUUGACUAGAAGACGAGUAAAUAAAUCUGGUGACGAAAAUGGAAAUUCUAUAGAAGAUACCAAAUGGGAAUGUCAUACAUGUGGAAAGACGUUUUCCAGACAAGCUCAUCUUGAAAGGCAUGAAAAAAACUUACACAGCGAAGAGCGUAUGGUUGCUGCCCCAUAUGAAUGUGUGUCUUGCGGUCAGGCCUUUUUUGAUAGCAAUUUACUUAACCAACAUAUGGCAACCCAUGGAAAUACUGUGACUGAUAAUUUUGUUUGGAUGUGAUGUGGUUUAAUAUUGGUUUUUUUUUUUUUUAUCAUUUGAUUUUAGAUGUGUAAAUAGCUUACACAAAUUUUAACUAUCAACUAGGCAUAAUUUUAAAUUAUGUUAUACCAUAGAAUGUUAACAAAUCAAUAUUGUAUAGCAGUCUAUUGGUAUUUUAGAGAAAAUAAAUAAUAAAAGAAUCAGUUUAAUUUUCAAUAUUGUUCCCUUCAUAGUUUAAAAUUAAAGA